AUGGCGGCGGCCGCUAACCGGGCUGAGGGAAAGGGGGGAGAGAGAGAGAGAGAGAAAGACAGAGAGAGAGACACCAAGCGCCGCGCCGGCCGCGCGCACACUGAAGCACCCGCAGCUCGCGCGGACUGCGGGGCCGGGCAGCCAAUCGGCGUGCGCGGCGCCUACCACCCGCGUGGGGAAGGGCGCCGCAGCGCCUCGCGUUGCCACGGCAACGGUCUAGGCCUUCCGGCGGCGACCGGAAGCGGGGCGGCGCGCGGCAGCAUGGCGGCGCGGUGGGGGCGCCCGCCGGCCGCUGUAGCCCUCACGCUGCUGCUGUCGCUCGGCGCCUCCGCGCCCGGGCUGUUGCGGGGAGCGCCCGUCGCCCGCUCCGCCGCCUCGCUGCGGCCCGCCGCCCUGCGCGCGGGGGAAGUUCACAGGUUAGUUACCUACAUCUUUGUCUACGAAGACCUGAUAUCCUUGACCUGUGGUGCCAUUAUCAUCUGGUAUUUUGCCGGCAGCUUUGAGAAGAACGUCGGCACUGUGAAGCACUGCUUCCUCACCAUCGCGUUUGCCAUCCUCUCUGCCCUCCUGUACCUCUUACUCGAGACCGUUGUCUCGAGGGUGUCAGAGGUGGAAGAUGCCAAAGGAUUCAUGCCAGUAGCUUUUGCUACGUUGGGUGUGUCUACCACCCGCUCGCGGAUGAAGAGAACUCUGGUUUUUGGGGUUCGAGUUCCAGUGGUGCUGGUGCCGUGGUUUAUGCUCUGCAUAGCAUGGUUUAUUCCCCACUCUUCUCUCUUGAGUAACCUCUGCGGGCUUCUAGCUGGGGAAGCCUAUGGUCUUGGCUACUGUUUCUGCUUGGAUUUUCCAGAGUCGGUGGGCUCUAAGCUGGACCGGGUGUUCCCUUUCAGUCUGCUAAAGAGGAUACCAGGGCUGAAAUAUAUCCCAGGGUCCUUAGCAGAGAGAAGAGCCUUCGAAAGCAGCAAGAUUAACCCUGCGCCAGGCGCCUACCCCACCCAAAGCUACUACUGCUCUUCGACUCCAGCUCUUCCUGCUUUCCAGAUGCAGCACCCCAAUGCCCAGAGCCAGGGGUUUCAACACAGCUGUGCUCCGGGAUGUGGCCAUGCUCUGGGACACGAGGGAUCUCAGCACUGCCAUGCUGCAGGACACAGCCUCCCUUCUUCCCUCUACCAAGCCAGAGGUGCCUUCGGAGAGUGUCACGUGCAGGCCCACACCGGAGCCUCACCUGGACACUGCUGCCAGCUGGGUGCAUUCUCUCCCCCACAGUGCAUGUGCCCGACUGAUCCACAGACAUCUGUGGGUGCAGACCCCCUGGCUGGGGUUCAGCAAGCAUCAGGGUAUGCAGCAGCCACAGUGGUUCCUGUUUCAGCUGAAUUUUCGAGAGUCCAGGUGUACUGA